GGUUUUUAACCAACGACUUACAUUUUUGCAAAGGUAAUUGAAAAGUUCCAAUUUUUUUUUUUGGUUAAAAGAAUGGUUCAGCCUGACAACGACAAAUGGAGAAUCUGCCGAAUCUGUCUGAGUGGAGAAGUUAGACGAUUAUAUUCGUUGCGUCUUAGUGAUCAUGCCUCAAUAAGAGCAUUAGACGAUUUUGAAGAUAACAUUAUUAGUUGCAUAGAAGAAAUCGGAAACAUCAAGAUUGACUUGGUGUCGCAUAUGCCAGAUAAAAUGUGUAGACGUUGUCUCUUAUUAUUGAAAGGUGCUUAUAAAUUUCGAGAACUAUGUUUGAGAUCAGAUAAGCGUCUUAAAGAAGAUUUGCAACUUAAGAAACCUUUUAUUAGAGGUUUGGAAAAUUAUACACAAGAGGCGUCACCGGAAACACGACAGGAGGAAGAGUGUAAACAAUUCAUUUGUGUGGAAGAAGAGACUGAUUUUGUUUGCGAUAAACAAGAAGUAGUUUAUCAAGUGGAAACAUUGGCUGAAACGGUAGAAGAUUUUGAAAAUGUUGAAGAAUGUGAACUAGUUGAGGAGAUCGAUGACUUAAAUACGGAAUAUUUUGGUUCAAUUCAGCAUUUAGAAGAGAAGUCUUGCAACAAAGCUUCACGCCCAAACAAUGUUAUUCCUUUGCAAAUCGAACCAAUUGGAAACAUUGGACAAGAGUUGCAUGAUGUUUAUGUGCAAAAACUUAAUGCACCAGCUGCACAUAACUCGAAAGAAAACUCUAAAACAGCAACUUAUAAGAAACGUAAGACGGAAACUAUUAAUAAAAUUGUGAACUAUGUUUGUUCAUAUUGCGGUAACAUUUAUAAUGAAAAAUCAAAAUUAACAAUGCAUUUGAAGUUCCACACAAAUGAAAAGCCGCAUGAAUGCGAGAUAUGUGGCAAACGAUUUUCUAUGACUCCUCAGCUAGCAAGACACAUGAAUUCGCAUACCGGUAAACGUCCAUUUAAGUGUCAAUAUUGUGAAGCCAGCUUUGCAGAUCCCUCUACAAAGAUUAAACAUGAAAGGAUUCAUACGAACGAAAGGCCAUACAAAUGUAAAGUUUGCGACAAAAGUUUCGCCUACUCAAAUGUUUUAAAAGUUCACAUGAUAACUCAUACCGGUGAAAAACCUUACAGGUGCAAUUUCUGCUGUAAGAAGUUCGCUCAAAUGCAUCACAAGAACGACCACGAACGACGGCAUAAACGACUAUUUCUGUCGCCUUUGGAAAUGCCUGUAAAAGUGAGUAAGCAAAUAAAAGACGUUGUGAUGAGAUCACUUAAAGAGUUACGGGAACCUGCAAGUUAUGCUGUUAUUGUGAAUCACAUAGCUGAUAAGACUGGGAACAUUUUCUCUCUUAUCGAUUUACUUUUAAAAAUGAAGUCGGGCUUAAAUGAGAAAUGGUUGGUAUGUAGGAUUUGUUUGCAACAACCCAAGGAAACCAUGCAAACAAUAUUUGAUCAAAAUUCGGAGAAGGAUCUCACGCAAAUGAUACUGGAAUGUGGUGGAGUACCUAUUAAGCAAUUUGACCAUUAUCCGGAUAAAAUAUGUAGUAAAUGUUAUAAAUAUUUGCAAGUGGCGUUCAAGUUUCGUACGACGUGCCAACGUUCACAUAAACAAUUAAGCAGAUUUAUAGCGCCUGUAGUAGUGGAUAAGCUUGAAGAUGACGAGCAGGAAGAAGUAUGCGAAGACGAAAUAGACUUAACAUCAUCAUUCGACGAGACUUUAAUAGUAGAUGAGUCUGAUGAUGUGCUGAUUAAAUUUGAAAAUCAAAUAGAGGAAAAUAAUGCUUCCUCAAAAGAAGAAUAUACCGUACAUGUGGAAGAAGACUUCGAUGAAUUUGUUGAAAUUUAUGAACCUAUGACUGAAGAAGAAGAACAAGUAUUCGAAUUGACUGAUGAGGACCCUCAGUGCAAUAUGAAAACUGAACAGAAUGAAGAUUUGGAAUAUCUGGAAACAGAAGAAGAUCUGGAAUUACCGAGUUCGGACGAAGAAUAUAUUCAAAUGGAAGCAAAGAAAGACGAUAAAAGCCAGGCAACAACCAAAAAAAACUCCAGUCAUGCGUCUACAAGUCAGACAGCUACAAAGCGUGUAAAGCGUGAACCAAAAGAAAAAAGGUCAAAGGAGUCACAAUAUAUUUGCGAUUUCUGCGGGAAUAAAUAUCAAUCACAAGGUAGACUAACAGAGCACAUUAAACUACAUAAAGGCAUAAAACCACACGAGUGCGAAAUUUGUGGUCACGCUUUCGCUCAGACGCAACAAUUGGCACGACACAUGAAUACGCACACGGGCAACAGACCCUACAAGUGUAAUUAUUGUCCAGCAGCCUUUGCAGAUUUAUCCACCCGUAAUAAACAUCAUCGCAUACAUACCAACGAAAGACCAUACGUCUGCGAUGUGUGCGGUAAAUCUUUCACCUAUACCAACACUUUAAAAUUCCACAAAAUGAUUCAUACGGGUGAAAAACCAUUCGUUUGUGAUAUAUGCGGAAAAGGUUUUCAACAAGCUUAUAAACUUCGCACUCAUAAAAUGAUACAUGAGAAGAAAGGCAUAAAACGCGAAAUCAUAGAAGCGGAACAUAAUCAAACGCAAAAUUUGCAAGAUAUUCCCAUUGAAGCCAUGGAAGCCCAAAUAUUGAAUAUGUAAAAAAAUAUGUUGUAGUCAAUAAUUUGCUUACUA